AUGGAGUUCCAGGAUUUUCACCGACUAAUGGAGAGGGAACCAAAAUUUGUGGAUUUACACAAGCUGUGUUUCCACGUACCAUACUCAACUCUUACUAUGUUCCUGAGCAGUGACCAGUCGGAGAGAGAUAGUGCAACUGCCUUCCGUAUGACAAUGGAAGCCUUUGGAACAGUGGUUGGAGUUGCUGUUGAGGGACAGAUUGUAGCAGAGAAUCAUGUCUCCCAUCAUUGCUUUCAACAUAACAUGUCAUCAUAUUUCGUUGUUAACUCCACAGGUAUAAGCAAAUUGUUCAAUGGCAACAUUAGUAAUCAGCAGACACCAGAGUCACUCUCUCACAUGGUGUCAAUCACUGCACAUGUACAAAAGAAGCUGCUAAUGUAUGGGUCCGACCCCUAUACUGAGAAGUCAGAAAAACCAAUUCCUUUUCUGAAGGGAAUCAAACUUGUGUUGAGAUACAGCCCUUACUUGAAGUUGACAACAUCUUUCCUCUUCACAGCCAUGGCUAUUCAGCUUGUAGAGGGGAACUUUGCUCUGUUUUGCACUUAUGCUGCUGAUCUUCGACACCAUUAUCAAAACAUCGUACUUGUGAUUCUGAUAACUGCUGUGAUGAUUGUUCCUUUUUGGCAAUGUUUUCUGCGGAGAUUUGGGAAGAAAACUGCUGUUUACUUUGGUAGUACUUGGUUAAUUCCAUUUUUAUGCUUGAUGGCUUCUCUUCCAAACAAUCUCAUUGUAGCCUAUGUGGCGGCAGUUUCCUCUGGUCUGAGUAUUGCUUCAUUUUUUCUGUUACCAUGGUCUAUGCUGCCUGAUGUUAUUGAUGCUUUUAGACUUGAAAACCCACACGUAAAGGGACUGGAAACUAUAUUCUGCUCAUUCUAUGUCUUCUUCGCCAAGUUGUCCAAUGGAGUUUCUUUGGGAUUCUCUGCACUUAGCCUUCAUUUUGCAGGCUACGCAACUGGACUUUGUUUCCAGUCCCAAUCUGUGACUUUCACCCUAAAAAUACUAGUGUCAGCAGUGCCUACAGGACUGAUUAUCAUUGGGUUAAUGAUAUUCCGGUUUUACCCAAUAACAGAAGACAUCCGAGUGAGAAAUGAGUUGGCACUCCAAGAGCUAAGGCAUAGUAUCCACAUCAGUAGUCACUCACUGAAAAACAUGGAGGACACAUGAUAAUAAAUAGCAGAACUGAGGUGUAACAACCAUCUACAAGUCAUAGAUUCUGGAGUAUGCAGGGAUCAUUACUGCUGCAACUCUUCUGUAUGUUACACUAAUCACAAUGCAAUGGAAUUUGCAACUGUUUAUUUUUUAAUGCAAUUUCUGAAGAUGUUUCGUAAACCUAAAGUAAUGAAUUUAUGUCAUAUAAAAAUAGGAUGACUUGUUAUGUGGAAAACUAAUUUAAUAAAUUGUAAA